AUGGAACACCCGCCUCCAUCUCAUUACGAUGAGUUAUCCCCUCCUUCCUCGGUAGCGGGCCAGAUCUGGGACAUGGCGCUCACGGACCCCGACUAUGCCUCCCAUAUCCUCGACUCCAACGACACCGCCGUUCCCGUCUCCGCGCGUCUCACAAGACUAGCCCAUCUGGCAUCCCACUUCAAUCCGACCUCCAAAUCCGACUCCAUGACCCUUCACCACUGUCUCGAGACCCUCGAAUCCCUGCUGGACCCACGCCCAGCCUUGACGCAAGAGCUCGCCCGAUGCCGUCCUAUGAGCCAUUCCCGACAGUCCAACUCCAUCGCUUCCAUCUCCACGACCGACUCCCAAGAUUUGGGCAAUUCUGUCGCUUCGCUCGAAGAGAUGUCACACCCUCCUCUCAAGGAUAUCUUAAGAGAGGUUACGACACUCAGAGAGGAAUUCGACCGUCGUCGCAAGGAGUCCUCCGAGAUAUAUGAGUUGCUCACACGAGAACGCGAAAUACUAGCCCGGAAGAUCGGCGAACUGGAUGAUGAAAUUCACGAACUAAAUACAGACAUUCUCGAAGACACCGCUGAGCGGGAAGCGAUCCAAGGCACGAUACGAGGGCUCGAGAGUUGGGUGGAUGAAUGGCACAAACAGCGCCUAUUGAUUGCCGCUAAGAAACAGAGUGCUGCCUCACGGCGAAAUGGCCAACGAAGAUGGACGAAAUGCAAAGUCGAAGAGGUCGAGGGCGACGGCGAAGCCCUGUUUGAGGGAAUAACGGCAUGGAUGCGAGGAUGGAAGGACGUCGAGGAGGUUUUUCGCAUCCGAGAGCAGAAUCGCACUUUGAGAAGGGAAGAAAGACAGAAGACACGGGCAAAAUACGUAUGA